CCCGCCUCGAAAUAAAUCGUCUCCAAGUUCCGUUUCAAAGGCCUUUGCUUUUUUGGCUUUAUUAUCUUCUUUUUUCCUUUUUCUUCAUUUUCUUGUUCCUUUCGUCCUUCAGCUGUUGUUGUUGUUGUUGUUGUUGCUGCUGCUGCUGCUGCUGCUGUUGUCAUCGUUCGUUGAUGUUGCUGCUGUUGGUUCAUUCAGGAAAUAAUAAUAAUAAGAAGAAGCGCUCGCUUUCCCUCGUCUCUCGUUUCCUGCUUCCCCAUCGUUGGUGGUGGUUGUUCCUGGGCUCGAUCAUCGCCCGACUCCUCGUCUAUCUCCCUGGCUUAACUAGUUAACCUCUUCCACCGCCAGCUAGCUUGCCUGCCUGGCUUCGUUCGUCCCCCCUAAAAAAAAAAAAAAAAGAAAGAAAGACAUCUUCGUCGUCUUAACUCUUCUCCUCUUCUCCUCUUCUCAUUCUUGUUCUCUCCACCCAGCCAAACACUCAUAACCCCCUUGCCUGUCUGCAUCGCCCACCAGCCUCUCGUUUUGACUGUGUGACCGCAGCUGCCUCAUCAUGGCCUAUCCAGGCUCGAACUCCCCAGGGGGUUAUGGCGAAGGCCAUCGGCUACAUGACCUCCCCCCGUCUGGCAAUCAAUAUAAUCUCCCCGCUGAACACGAUGCCUCACAAUCGCUUCUCCACCAAAACCAAGGCCCAUUCAGCGGUCCCUUUGACGACCCCCAUCAUCAGCACGGUGGCUCUCCUGUCCGACCUCCCUCGAGAUAUAGCCUCACAGAAUCUUACGUAACCGACCAUCCCCAGUCCCAAGAUCAAUACGGCGGCCACAUGGAAAACCCAGCUGCGGGCUUCGGUGUCCCUGGCCGCGUUCCAUCCCCCUAUACUCGGAGCGAAACUUCCUCCACCGAGGCCUGGCGUCAACGACAGGCUCCUGGUAACCUGCGCCGUUAUGCCACCAGGAAAGUUAAGCUGGUUCAAGGCUCCGUGCUCAGUGUCGAUUAUCCCGUCCCCAGUGCUAUUCAGAAUGCUGUGCAGGCUAAAUACCGAAAUGACCUUGAGGGUGGUAGCGAGGAAUUUACCCAUAUGCGAUACACCGCUGCUACGUGUGAUCCCAAUGAGUUCACCCUACACAAUGGCUACAAUCUGCGCCCGGCAAUGUAUAACCGCCAUACCGAGCUGCUGAUCGCUAUUACCUACUACAACGAAGAUAAGAUGCUUACUUCGCGCACCCUGCACGGUGUGAUGCAAAAUAUCCGUGACAUCGUCAAUCUUAAGAAGUCUGAAUUCUGGAACAAGGGAGGACCUGCUUGGCAAAAAAUCGUUGUUUGUCUGGUCUUCGACGGAAUUGACCCAUGCGACAAAGAUACCCUCGAUGUGCUCGCCACCAUUGGAGUCUACCAGGACGGCGUGAUGAAGAAAGAUGUUGAUGGAAAGGAAACCAUCGCUCAUAUUUUUGAAUAUACUACCCAACUAUCCGUCACCGCAAACCAACAACUGAUUCGACCACACGAUGACGGCCCAUCGACGCUUCCCCCCGUGCAGAUGAUGUUCUGUCUAAAGCAGAAAAACAGCAAGAAAAUCAACUCUCACAGAUGGCUGUUCAAUGCUUUUGGCCGAAUCCUCAACCCGGAAAUCUGUAUCCUGCUCGACGCAGGUACCAAACCCGGCCCUAAAUCCUUACUUGCACUUUGGGAAGCUUUUUACAACGACAAAGAUCUUGGUGGGUCCUGCGGUGAGAUCCACGCUAUGUUGGGUAAGGGCUGGAAGAACCUCAUCAACCCCCUCGUCGCAGCGCAGAACUUCGAAUACAAAAUCAGUAACAUCCUGGAUAAACCGCUGGAAUCCUCUUUCGGAUACGUCAGCGUGUUGCCCGGUGCCUUCUCCGCUUACCGCUUCCGUGCAAUCAUGGGUAGACCGCUCGAACAGUACUUCCACGGUGACCAUACUCUUUCCAAACAACUUGGCCCCAAAGGUAUCGAGGGCAUGAAUAUUUUCAAGAAGAACAUGUUCUUGGCCGAGGAUCGGAUUCUGUGUUUCGAACUUGUAGCCAAAGCCGGGUCUAAAUGGCAUUUGUCCUACGUCAAAUCGUCCAAGGGGGAGACUGACGUGCCUGAGGGAGCUGCGGAAUUCAUCGGUCAGCGUCGUCGGUGGCUCAACGGCUCGUUCGCGGCGAGUAUCUACUCGCUCAUGCACUUUGGCAGAAUGUAUAAGAGCGGCCACAAUCUCCUGCGCAUGUUCUUCUUCCAUAUUCAGAUGAUUUAUAAUACGUGUACGGUUUUCAUGUCUUGGUUUGCGCUUGCUUCCUACUGGCUCACAACUUCCGUUAUCAUGGACCUCGUUGGCAGUCCUCCCGCUCCAGAAUCUGGGAACCAGCAGAGAGCAUUCCCAUUCGGCAACACGGCUACUCCAAUUGUAAACACGAUUCUGAAAUACUUGUAUCUGGCCUUCCUACUCUUACAGUUUAUUUUGUCGUUGGGUAACCGGCCUAAAGGAUCCAAACACUCGUACAUCACCUCCUUCGUCUUAUUCGGCCUCAUCCAAGUGUACAUCAUCAUCCUAUCCAUGUAUCUCGUCAUCCGUGCUUUCAGCGGUGGCACACUGGCUUUCACAACAGACCAAGGCAUUGGUGAAUUCUUCAAAUCCUUCUUCAAUUCCGAAGGACCAGGAAUCAUCAUCAUUGCCCUCGCCGCAACCUUCGGUCUCUACUUUGUCGCCUCCUUCAUGUACCUCGAUCCCUGGCACAUGUUCACGUCCUUCCCCGCCUACCUCCUAAUUAUGUCUUCCUACAUCAACAUCUUGAUGGUCUACGCCUUCAGCAACUGGCACGACGUUUCCUGGGGAACAAAAGGCGCCGACAAAGCCGACGCACUCCCUUCUGCACAGACGCAAAAGGAAGAUGACGGCAAAGCCGCUGUGAUUGAGGAGAUUGACAAGCCGCAGGCAGAUAUUGAUAGCCAGUUUGAGAGCACUGUGAAGCGCGCGCUGACGCCCUAUGUGGAGCCGAAGGUGAAGGAGGGCAAGUCUCUAGAUGAUUCGUAUAAGAGUUUCCGGACACGGUUGGUAACCUCGUGGCUGUUCUCGAAUGGGAUUCUUGCAGUCGCUAUCACGAGUGAGGAUGUUAAUAAGUUUGGAUUUACGUCCCGAGCAACCAACCGAACCACACAUUUCUUCCAGGCUCUCCUGUGGGCAACCGCAGCGCUGUCUCUAGUCCGCUUCAUCGGCGCUUGUUGGUUCCUUGGCCGGACGGGUAUUAUGUGCUGCUUUGCGAGACGGUAGUUUUAUUUGUCUUACCUUUUUUUUUUUUUUUUUUUUUUUUUUUUUUUUUUUGGCGGGGUAUCAUGGAUUGUUUUUUUCUUUGCUUAUCUUUUCGGCGGCACGAAACCUAGAGAGAGCCAAGGAGAGAGAAAGGGGAAACGACAAAAUGAAAAGCGAAGAAAGAAACUGGUAGCUGGCAUCUGGCAGCUGGCCACAUCCCCCCUGAUUUUUUACGAACAUGCCCUUUUGGUUUUAUUUUCUCCUUCGAUUUUCCCAUAUUACUUUCCCUGUGUCGUUUUCCUCAUGUUUCGUUGAUGGCAAGAUGUAUUUUCCCUUUCUUUCCCUUUCUUUCCCCUUUUUGUUGCGUGCUGACCGAUUUGCGUGAGAGUCUCUGGAAUGUGAUGUCUGUUGUCCCUCUCUAUUCCCCCCAACUCUGCUGCUGCUGCUGCUGCCGUUGUUGUUUUCGUCGUCGAUCUUAACGUCUAGCUCCGUCCUAACUUUUGUUGUAAAUGUAUUAAAUCCUAGAUGACGGCUGAUUUUUUUCUAUCAUUCUUUUUCUUGUCCCUUGGUCUCCCCUACUUCUCUUUCCUUUUCCUUAUUUGCAAAUGCGUGAUUGGUUGGCUCGCUUGCUUUCUGUUGUUACUGUGGCUCUUUUUAACGCGUUCAUGAUGAUCUGAUUGAAUAAUAAGGACACAACGCUGCGUACAGGAUAUAGGUACUGUUGCAAGCUAAACAAUAAUAGUUUUCCUACUUCAUGCAAGCCCCGUGUCUUCGUUAUUUGUCGUAACUUUUUAUGUCUGUUGCUCUCCUCUUCUUUUCCAUCUUACCUGCCCCGAUUUAAUCCUUGGUCUUAGACCCCUUAGCUUUUACAAAGAAAAGGUUCAUUUCAAUGCUGCCUUAUGAUGUUUUAAUUUUCACUUUCUGUUCCCCGCCAUGGUGCUUGAUAUGUCUGCAGCAAAGAAUAUGUAUACCCACAUUGAAGUGCUCGGGAGCCUGCAUUACAGCCCUUUAUUUCAAGAAAGAGACAAACCACUUUUGCAACGGUUAAGAAACUGUCAAUUUCUGCUGCCUAUAUCAAAAACCAAUCUGCACAGCCGCCGCUGUUCUAUCCACCACGACAGCCUAUGAUUUCCACCCCUCCAAGCACCCCAAGCACCCCAAGCAACCCUAUAACCAGCCCACUUCCAGGCGCCGCCGCU